CCACCUGUGUGCUUCCUGGCUGGGGUAUUACUGUGGCUACAGUCACUACGAAAGGCUCAGCAGAGGUCAUUUGCAUACUUUAUGAUUCUGGGUAAAAGAGGACUGCGACCAUGGGAGGUAGGCAGGGUGUGAGAACGGGUGAAGCUGGACUCCUUUUUUUUGCGUGAGUCAUAAGGUGCCGGCAGGUAAAACUACUCCAGUCCAUCUGUAGUCCUUAAGAGGUGCUGAUGGGUGAAGACCACGCAGCUUUGAGGGUUUAUUAAGUGGGCCAGUUGCCAUAGCGACUCUUUGGCAGGAUAUUGCCAGGAUAAGCCGUAAUGGGUCUCUUGACGCAGUUCACUCUACUCCUGUGGAAGAACUUCACUCUCCGGAAGAGACAAAAGGUGCGGCUGGUUGUUGAGCUGCUAUGGCCUCUGUUUCUCUUCUUUAUACUAGUGUCGGUGAGGUUCACGAAUAAGCCCAUUUACAAAGGCCAAUGCCACUACCCAAAUAAAGCCAUGCCAUCAGCUGGUGUGCUGCCCUGGCUCCAAGGUAUGAUGUGUAACCUAGAGAAUCCCUGUUUGAACUAUCCAACGCCAGGGGAGGCACCAGGCCAAGUCAAUAACUUCAACAACUCCAUAAUCGCUGGGAUGUUGAUAGAGCUUCAAACUGUCUUGGUGAACAGAAAUUUUCUCAGUAAGGCACAAUCAUUGGCAAAUGAUGUCGACCAGUGGGCUUUAAUCCUGUCCAAGUCAAACCCUUUUAACGGUAAUGCUCAAGGGGUCAUCCUAAAAAGCAUUUUAAGAGAAAAUGAAACCUUCUCCUCACAUCUGACGAAGGAUUUGUCAGUUCCACCAACAGUGGUCCAAGGCAUCAUGAAUGCUGAGAUUCAGCUCAAUCCGAUGAUGGGCAUCCCAAGGCCAGGCAAUCUGAGGAACAUCCUGUGUGAGGGGAAAAAUCUGGAUAAGUAUGUCCAAUUUAGCAGCCAAGAUGAGAGGGAGGCUUUUCAAAAUGUCAGCUGCUCCCUCACUCAGCAGCAGCUGAUUAACACCCAGCAAGUCCUUCUGCAAAACCUGGAUGCAAGGAAAGUGCUUUUUGAGCUACCUUCAGCUUUGAACCUGAAUGCAACGGAUACAGCGGCGCUGAUGAGGAGAACCACUUUAAAUGCACUACCAUUUUUUGAGGAGGUUGCCAGGCUGCAACGCACUACAAUCUUUAAGACAGCUGAUUCCCUGGAUUUCGAGGCGGACUCAUUUGGAAGUAUCAAUAUGCUGCUGUGUGGAAAGCAGCCUAACUUCAAUUCUACCAAUAUGACCCUCAGUUUACCUUCGCCCAGACAGAUGGCUAACAACAAGUCAAUUUCCAUUACGGGCAACAGUUCCGAUGCUUUUUGUCAGACCCUUGUUGACACCCUGGAGGGCACACCUGGUCUGCGCUACGUUUGGAGCACCUUCAAACCAUUAUUACAAGGGAAGGUCCUUUAUGCGCCUGACACACCUGCUGCUCAUCUGCUGGUGAAAGAAGCAAAUAGCACAUUCAACUCCCUGGCUAUGUUAAAAGAGCUUGCUGAUUCAUGGGAUGAACUCGGACCACGUGUCUGGGACUUCUUCCAAAACAGCUCUCAAGUCAAUGCAUUUCGGGCUUUGCUGGAAAAUCCUAUAUUUGCUGCUGCACUCAACCAGCGUCUCAACGACACAGGGUGGACAGCUAAGCUGCUAGCCAACUUCCUGUACAACGGGCCUCCAGAAGACCGUCCACCUGGCAUGCCACCCUCUGAUUGGCGGGAUACAUACAACACCACUACCCAGAUCCUGAAGCUCCUCUCCAAAUUUCUUGCCUGUUUAGAUCUGAAUAAGUUUGAGGCAGCCUCCACUGAAGGCCAUUUGGUGAAGAAAGCCUUGGAGCAUCUGAAUAAUAAUACAUUCUGGGCUGGUGUUGUCUUUGAAAAUCUCCAACCGAACUCCAGCUACAUCCCCCCCUAUGUCAAGUAUAAAAUCCGUAUGGACAUUGAAGAGGUAGAGCGUACCAACAAGGUAAAAUCCAGGUCAUGGUCUCCUGGAGCCAGAGACAACUCCUUUAACGACCUGCGCUACAUAUGGGGAGGCUUCGCCUACCUGCAGGAUAUGAUGGACCAUGCCAUCAUACGAUUGCAAACAUUAAAGACGCAACCGCUUGGUGUUUUUGCUCAGCAAAUGCCUUACCCUUGCUUUGUGGAUGAUGUCUUCAUACAGAGUAUUGGCACCAUCCUCCCCAUGUUCCUGGUGCUGGCCUUCAUGUACUCUGUCUGCAUGAUCAUCAAAGGGUUUCUGCGCUCCCUGGCAAGCUCUCUCCCCUUGUACAUGACUCUAGCCUGGAUCUACUCGGUGGCCAUGAUCAUUAAGGGCAUUGUUGCUGAGAAAGAGGCUAGGCUGAAGGAGAUAGUGAGGAUCAUGGGCCUGAGAAGCUCCAUCUAUUGGCUGAGCUGGGCUGUAUCCUGUGUGCUGCCACUGGCCAUGAGCGCCAUCAUGCUUACUCUUAUACUCAAGUACGGCAAAGUCCUACAAUACAGUGACCCCUCUGUAGUCUUUGUCUUCCUGCUGGUUUUCUGCCUGGCCACCAUCUCUCAGUGCUUCUUCAUUAGCGUCUUCUUCUCUAAGGCUAACUUAGCAGCGGCGUGCGGCGGCCUCAUCUACUUUCUCCUCUACCUGCCGCACAUCCUCUGCUACGCCUGGAGGGACGUCAUAAGUUUCAGGGCCAAGGUCGCUGUGAGUUUAUUGUCAUGUGUGGCGUUUGGCUAUGGUUGUGAGAACUUUUCCAAGUAUGAGGAGCAAGGCAUCGGCAUUCAAUGGCACAAUAUUAACAAGAGUCCUGAAGAAGGGGGACGCUACACCUUCAUUGUGUCCAUCAUCAUGAUGCUCUUUGAUGCUAUUUUGUAUUGGCUGUUCACCUGGUACAUAGAACAUGUCUUUCCAGGUCAAUAUGGAAUUCCCAAGCCGUGGUACUUCCCUUUCACUUCAUCUUAUUGGUGUGGGACAUCAACAACAAGUGAAACUAACCCAGCUGUGCUGAAAGAAUCCAAUGCACAAGAUGGACAUCUGGAGAAACCACCACCCAAUAUGAAAGCAGGGGUAUCAAUCUGCAAUCUUGUCAAAAUCUACAAGACUGGCAAGAAACUAGCAGUGGAUGGACUGAGUGUGGACUUCUAUGAGAAUCAGAUCACAUCUUUUCUUGGCCACAAUGGAGCAGGAAAAACAACCACAAUGUCCAUUCUGACUGGACUCUUCCCCCCAACAUCAGGAACAGCUCUUAUCAACGGAUAUGACAUUCGCACUGACAUGGAUAACAUCCGGAAAUACUUGGGAAUGUGUCCUCAGCAUAAUGUCUUAUUCAAUGAACUGACUGUGGAGGAGCACAUCUACUUCUACGCCCGACUUAAAGGGCGCAGUCGCAGUGAGGUGGAAUCCGAGAUGGACCAGAUGAUUGAAGACGUCGGUUUACCAAAUAAGAGGAAGGAUCUUGCUAAGAAUCUGUCGGGUGGCAUGCAGAGAAAGCUGUCUGUGGCUAUAGCUUUUGUCGGCGGUUCAAAAAUCGUCAUUCUAGAUGAACCUACUGCAGGAGUGGACCCCUAUGCCCGCAGGGGCAUCUGGGAACUGUUGUUGAAGUACAAACAAGGUCGCACCAUAAUUCUGUCAACCCACCACAUGGAUGAAGCAGACAUACUGGGUGACCGCAUUGCGAUCAUCUCCCAUGGAAAGAUGCGCUGCUGUGGCUCUUCGCUGUUCCUGAAGAAAAGUUUUGGUAGUGGCUACUACCUAACUCUGGUCAGAGAUGGGAUUGAAAAGAUGACAACACAGCGCAAUGGCAUCAUAUAUAGUCAGGCCAAAGAGAAACAGAAAGACACAGACUGUCCUCCCAGAAGCAGCCCAGAUGAUGGCAUCGGCAGUCAAACCUGGGACAGCUCCGAUCCAACAGCAGAUUUGACAGCUGUGACUCAACUUGUGCGAUGCCAUGUCCCUGAGGCAGUCUUCUUGGAGAGCAUCGGUCAGGAAAUCACAUUCAUUCUGCCCUAUAGUGGAGCCAGAGAUGGGACCUUUGCCACUCUCUUCCAAAAGCUUGACCUAGCCAUGGUCGACCUCGGCCUCACAAGCUACGGCAUCUCCGACACCACACUGGAGGAGAUAUUUCUUAAAGUGGCAGAAGAUACUGGGGUGGAUGCAGAAAUGCAACCAGCAAAGGAGCCGGUGGUGAGGGACUACAGAAGCAGCUCCCGUGCAUCCAUGAGGAACAGCAUCGCCAGCACCCACAGUAAAACACUGCACGUCAAUGGAAGGAGCGAUUUAAAGGAAAAAUUUAUGAAUAAGGUGGAAGACUUGAAGAAGAGUGCCAGCGUGAGUGGAAGAGGAUCUGCGGUCAUCACUGGAUGGAAGCUGAUCAGAAGGCAGUUCCUGGCACUUUUUAUCAAGCGCUUCCACCACGCCCGGAGGAGCCGCAAGGGACUCAUUGCACAGGUGGUCUUGCCUGCUGUGUUCGUGUGCCUGUCUCUGAUUUUCUCCCUCAUUGUCCCACCAUUCGCCGAGUAUCCGAGUCUUGAGUUGCAACCCUGGAUGUAUGGUCUGCCUCAAACCACCUUUUAUAGCAAUGAUAUGCCAGAAAACACAGAGGUGUCUCAGGUGGUGGAAACUUUGGUCAACAACCCUGGCUUUGGGACACGCUGCAUGGAUAGAGAUCCGAUACCGAAAUUACCAUGUUCCUCCAGUGGGUCUGAUUGGUUCACUCCCCCUGUGGAUCAGUCAGUCAUUGACAUCUUCCUCAACGGGAACUGGAGCAUGUCUAACCCCUCGCCCUCCUGUCAGUGCAGCACUCCCAAACGCACAAUUAUGUUACCUGACUGUCCACCUGGUGCAGGGGGUCUUCCUCCACCUCAGAGGAUCCAGAACACAACGGACACUCUGCUGAAUUUAACUGGACGCAACAUGACAGACUUCUUGGUCAAGACGCUUGAGCAUUUGGGGAAACAAAGGUACGGCGGGAUCUCUGUUGGAGCAAUUAACUCACAAGUCCUUAUGACGGAGGCAAUGAUCAAAGCUGCAUUCAGGGAUCUAAAAGAGCUUUUCAAUUCUUCUCAGGAUAAUGUGACUGAUCAGACUUUCCAAAGGGCCGAGACACUACUGAAGAAUCUUGGAACAAGGGACAAUGUUAAGGUGUGGUUUUACAACCAAGCAUGGCAUAGCAUGGUGUCCUUCCUUAGUGUGGCCAGCAACGGCAUCCUGAGAGGAAAUCUGCCAGUAGGACAGAAUCCACGGCAAUAUGGCAUCUCCGUCACUAAUCAUCCGCUCAAUCUCACCAAGGAACAGCUCUCCUAUAUGGCCAUGGCCACAACCUCAAAUGACGUGGUGGUGUCCAUUUGCGUUAUAUUUGCCAUGUCCUUCAUCCCUGCUAGCUUUGUCCUCUUCCUCAUCCAAGAGAGGGUGAGCAAAGCCAAACAUCUGCAAUUUGUCAGCGGAGUAAACCCAACUGUCUACUGGCUGGCUAAUUUUGCCUGGGACAUGUGUAACUACAUCAUCCCCUGCUUGAUUGUGAUUGUGAUCUUCCUCUGCUUCCAACAAAAAGCCUAUGUUUCUGCUCCGAACCUGCCUGCCCUGAUUCUGUUGCUCAUUUUGUAUGGAUGGGCUAUCACCCCCUUGAUGUACCCUGCAUCCUUCAUCUUCAGUGUACCCAGCACAGCUUAUGUGGUGCUGACCUGCAUCAACCUCUUCAUUGGUAUUAACGGCAGCGUGGCCACUUUUGUCAUGGAGCUCUUUGACGAUGAUAAUAUCACCCAGAUCAAUAACAUAGUGAAGCAGGUGCUGCUGAUAUUCCCACAUUUCUGUCUGGGCAGAGGGUUGAUUGACAUGGCCAAGAACCAGGCGAUGGCAACACUCUUCAGCAAUUUUGGGGAAGACCGUUUCAAGAACCCACUAAGCUGGGAGAUGGUGGGAAAAAACCUCUGCGCCAUGUCCAUCCAGGGGAUUGUCAUGUUUGCCUUUACAAUUCUCAUCCAGUAUAAGUUCUUCUGCAAACCAAGACUUGCUUCACCAAAGUCAUCAUCUAAAGAGAAAGAGGAUAUUGAUGUUGCCCGUGAACGGGAGAGAGUGCAUGAAGGCAGAGCUCAAAAUGACUUAUUGAGGAUUUGUGACCUUACUAAGGUAUACCCUCAGAAGAGCACCCCUGCUGUGGACAGGCUAUGUGUGGGCGUACCUGCAGCGGAGUGUUUCGGUUUGCUGGGGAUCAAUGGAGCUGGGAAAACCACCACAUUCAAGAUGCUGACAGGAGACAUCCCCGUCUCCAGUGGAGAGGCCUUUCUAAAUGGAUACAGCAUACGGACAGAAAUGAGGGAUGUUCACCAGAACAUGGGCUAUUGUCCUCAGUUUGAUGCAAUUGAUGACCUGCUGAAUGGACGUGAGCAUCUGGAGUUCUAUGCCCGGUUAAGAGGGGUACCUGAAAAAGAGGUUGCCAUGGUGGCUGAGUGGGGGAUCCAGAAGUUGGGCCUGGUCAAAUAUGCCAGCAAAUCAGCAGGAACCUACAGCGGUGGGAACAAACGCAAACUUUCCACAGCGAUAGCCCUGAUCGGGUGUCCCCCGGUGAUUUUUUUGGAUGAGCCAACCACUGGGAUGGACCCCAAAGCCAGACGCUUCCUGUGGGACUGCAUCCUGAGUGUCAUCAAAGAAGGGCGCUCUGUCAUUCUUACAUCACACAGUAUGGAGGAAUGUGAAGCACUAUGCACUCGCAUGGCCAUCAUGGUUAACGGUCGCUUCAAGUGUAUUGGAAGCAUCCAGCACCUGAAAAACAGAUUUGGUGACGGCUACACGGUGAUUGUGAAGGUCGGCGGUUCUCCUCCCGAACUGAAGCCCGUCGAAGACUUCGUCCAGCAGACUUUCCCAGGCAGCGUUCUCAAAGAGAAGCACCACAACACACUGCAGUACCAGUUCCCACACACAGAAGGAGCUUUAGCCCACAUUUUCAGCCAGUUCGCCAGCCACCAGCAGAGGCUGGGUGUGGACGACUACUCUGUGUCUCAGACAACUCUAGAUCAGGUCUUUGUGAACUUUGCAAGGCACCAACAAGGGGAGGAUGAAAUCCACGCCUAUAACAACCCAGUGGAUAUUUCUGAUGAGCUGCCUUUGGAGUCAGUGAGGACCUCCCAAGCAGCAGAGAGGGUGUAAUGGAAGAAGCAAUAUGCUGCACUUACAGAUGAUCCAAUAAUUUAUCUUAUAAUAAAGUUAUAAUAAAUGUGAUACUCACCAACAGCCACAUUCAAAAGUCAAGUAUUUGGUUUAAAUAGCUAAAUUGUGCUUUAAUUGGUCUUCAAAAUUUGUCACAAACACAAAGCCCUGAUCAGAAAUAUUCAUUUAAUUCUUCAUAGUGUAUACCAUUCUGCCCAGUUUUGACCAUCUCUACCAGUUUAAACAUAUGUAUACUGGGAUUCUGCAGGUCUGCAGGAAAGGAAAGGGCUUGUUUCCCUCUUGAAGGAUGAGCACCAUCAAAUGAUUAUGUCACCACUGUGAAUGGCUGCAGAACUUUUCAAUUGCGUUCUGAAGAUGCUUGUCUUCAUAUUAUAAAGCAGGUCACUGUAAAAGUCAGGGAAAUUAAACUGUUUAAAAAUAUGCAUCAAUCAAUGAAGGAUGAAUUUUCCUUACUGCACUUCCAGAUUUCCUUAAAAAAUAUGAAAGAUAAAUUGCAUAAAUGGCAUGAAAAAGGAUUGGUGCAUCUCUUAGCACAUGGAUGGACUGAUUUCUUAAAAAGAAACUAGAGUUUAGCUAGAGUUCAGUUUUGUUAUGAGUUGCUGAUUACCAUAUACCUCAGUGUAAACACAAGGGCCAAAACAGUUUAUAAAAACAUUAUAUAUUGCACACCAAUUACUUAUACUUUCACUUUUAUUAGAACAGACAGUUAGUUUCAAACUUGAAUUGUAUUUGCUGUUAGGCACUCCAAGCAUUGCCUCGGAACAGAGAUGAAAAACAACAGACAUGUUGGCUUUCUGAUGUAAAAAGUCUCUAAAUAACUAAGUGAUGUCCAAUGACAACUUCUGGGGUUAUUGCUGUUCCACAAUGUUAAUCAGCUGUCAAGUAUGUUGGGUUGGCAAAAAAAGUGACACGUCUCACGUGUGAACCUUCAUUAGUUUACAAGCACCUCUAUUUAAAGCCCUUCUGUUGCUGCAUCGAUGCUGCAAUGACGAAUGUAAAUUGGAACGUCUAUGAAUAUAUAUGAGCAUACAUAUUUAUUUUUAUGUGCUUUUUGUAAUGCAUUACCAUGGGCUAUUUUUGUAUUGCACUGAUCAUUCCUUCUUUAUCAGACCACUACCACAAAUUAUU